AUGCAAACCCGAUCUACAUCCGACAACAUCCGGUCAGGGGAGGCCCCAGUAGACGACUGCUGUACAGCCUGCUGUUGUUGUUGCUGUUCGUUAUGGCUGUACUUGUUCUGUUGUCGCAGUAUGAAGAGGACGCUACGUAUGAAAUUGUUAUGGGUCUAUAUGGUGGUGCUCGGACUCACAACGGGAGUAGUAACGGGCGUAGUAAUAUUUGGCAGUGUUCAGACGGAAAUGGCCAUGUCGGACAUGCGUGUUAUAGAUAAAAAAAUGUCAAAUGUAUUUUGCGAUAGUGUUGACAUCGAAUCCGAUAGUUUUGAAUCUAAAUUUGAUGCUUUUUUCAUGAAAAAUACGCCUGAAAUUCUUCCAGAUAUACAAAAACCAUAUAACGAGAGUUACACGCAGUUUGUCGAACAAAAUUCGUUCGUAACUAAAAGGUUUUACUUACUGACAGGGUCGGCCGUAACACUUACGGGAUUUGUCAAAUCAUUUACAGAGUUAAACUUGAUCCGAGGCGAAGACAACUACAAUAAUUACGUUGACAGUGGUAAACAAUGCAUGGAUUGUGUUGAAGACUCGUGGAGCCUGCUUGAAGACAGGGAUAACAACAUACAUAUAGAUAUUGAAGACACAGAUGUCUACCUCUUUGUAUUUGUGAGUAGCAUUGAAGAUACAUGGAUAGACAUGCGGUUUAGUCUCCUUCGUACUGUAUACGACACUAGCAAUCAUCUAGAUGUUUGUAUGGAUACAAUUACGUGUGUGUUUGAUUAUGAUAUUACAGAUUCUAAAACCCCUGUGGUUAUACUUUACGCCAAAGCAAGCAAGAAACAUCAUUACGAUGAAGGUAGCAUCUUUAUAGAAACUUCCUGCGUGAGUAGAAGUUGGAUAUUUGUUCUCAUUUUCUUUGGAAUACCGACCUUUCUGUCUAUCGUAAUUAGCAUUUUUAUUUUCCGUCGUUGUUCCGACCCACAACCAGAAGUUACGUACAAUGCUGUAAGAUCAAACGAGAGGACGCCGUUACUAUGGGAUACCGCUCGGGCUCCAGCGGUGGUUAUUCUUCCACCAAAAUAUGAGGACAUUAUUGGAACAGACAAUGAUCUGCCAUCAUACGAAGAGGCAACUACGAGCACGUGCAAUGUGAACAAUCAAUCUAGUAAUCAAAAUGAUGUAGUACAGGAGAGGUAA